AUGUUUUUUGAAAGAUUAGUUUGGUAUUUAUUAAUUGGAUUUGUUGUAUACUUGGGAGUAAAAUUAUUUGUUUACAUAAAAGUAAAGAGAUUUGUUAAUCCGGUAAAGGGUGUUAUGAAUGGCACCAACCCAAUAUCAUAUUAUUUGGAAUCACUGUGGGAAAAACCAUUGUAUUUAGAUACCACACCAAUUUCACCUUCUUGGAAGCCAUACACAGUUGGUUCUAUCAAAGAUAUCUGUAGUUUUGUCAAUUCCAAUCCCAUUCGUCAUUCAAAUAACUCACCUAUAACUACAAAUUCUGAUAUUCCAAAGUUAGAGUUGAAUCCAGAGUCUUCUGACGAUGGAAGUGGUAUUGGUCGUAGUAAUAGCAGUAAUAGCAGUAGUAGCAAUGAAGAAUCAACAAAUUCAUCAGCUAAAUCAUCGACAACAUCAUCUCCAAUAUUAUUAUCAAAAACAACAACAACAACAGAACAGCAACAUCAACAACCAUUUGUACCAAAGUUAAAACCUUUUGUAUUUCAACAAGAGAAACAACUAGAACAACAACAACAGCAGCAACAGCAGCAACAACAACCUAUAAAGAUACUAACUGUACCAAAGAUUGUUCAUCAAGAUAAUAACAAAUCACCGUUGUGUCCAAAGAUGAAAAGAGAUUUGCUUUCACCAGAGAUAGCAAGUUCACCUGUUGACUUGGGAAUGAACUUUGGUGCACCAAAGUUUGUAUUGACAGAUUCAUCGGAGGAUGAUAGCGAGACACAAUCUACAUCCAAUUUCAAGUCUACGAUGGAUCCUACAGGUAUUCUAAGGAGAAGAUUAGCAAGAGCAAGAAUUGCAUCGGUUGCAAAGCAUAAUAAUGGUAGUGAUAGUAGUGAUAGUAGUCCUGUUGAAUCACGUCGUUCAAAACCAACAGUAGCAACAACAACAAUAGAUCAAAAUCAAUCAUUAAGUAAAAGUAGUGAUAGAAUUAGACAAAUAUUGAUGGAGAAUAAUAAUCAUAGUAAUAAUAAUACUUCACCAGUGAAAACAACAAAGAAGAAUCAACAACAUCAUACACGUACAAAGACACCGUAUCCAUCACCUUCGUCAUCACCACUCUCACGAUCACCAACGGAUAUCACCCGUGUCUUUAAGAAGUCAUCGAUUUUGAAACCACAUAAAGUGAGAAUGUAUUACGAUCCAUACGACGACCGUCUUCAAGCACAGCGAAAAACAACACAUCUACCUCCAGCGAAUCGAUAUAUCAAGAGAAGCCACUUGUCUGUAUCGUCGUGUGAAUCUCAAUACUCUGACGAUGGCAGCGAAGACACCAAAGAGAGUAGAGAACGAUUCGUUGGCAAGCCAGGCAUCAGAUACAAAUGGUUUGCGUUGAAUCCAAUGGUGGAGAUCACCGAUUUCGAUGCGAUCAAACACGUCUUUAGAGAUCAGAGUUCGAUGUACGGACGUUUCUGGACCUAUGGAAAGUGUCCAAUCAUUCACGAGCGUGGCGGUCAGAUGAAGCGUGUCUUUAGAAUCUUCUCUGGUUGUCUCAACGACGACGAGUAUCUCGUGAGAAUACUUCCAGUGAUCAGAGAUGAAGGUGCUAAAUUCGGAUCGUAUCUCUUUGAGAAUAGAGAUUGUGUAUUUAAAUUAAGUAAAUUUGUAAAACAAGAUAUGUUGUCAUGUUUGGCAAGAACAUAUUUAGGAUCAGAACCAGAAGCUUUGGAGUGUUUGGAAGCAAACUUUUUCUUCUUUAAUAAGAAACGAACCAGUUUCAUCCAUUAUCUAUUUCCAUUUUUAUUAAAUUUACCAACAGAAUAUUCUGAAAAAUAUAAAGUUAUGAAGCAAAGAAGAGGAUUCUUUCAAAUGCUGGCAAUGAAAUCAUAUUAUAAUACAUUAGACCCAGAAAACGAAGCAUUAAAUGGUCCAAUAGAAGAUUCACUUGUUAAUUUCCUUGCAGAGGAGAGUUCAAAGGAUAAGGAAGGUUUAACUAUUGAAGAGAUUCAAACAAGUAGUUAUUUAGUUAAUUCAUCAUCUGUUACUUCACCAAUCUCUGUUCUACAGAAUCUAAUGUAUAUUUUGAUGAAAUAUCCAGAGGUACAAAAGAAGUUAAAGGAAGAGAUUGACUAUGUAUUCAAAAAGAAUGGUCGUACCGUUCAUAAUUUCAACUUGACUGAAGUCCGAGAGAUGGUGUACCUUGAUUUGGUGUUGAGAGAGGUCAUUCGAUUGUUUCCACCUUACCCAUGGUUAAUUCCAAGGGUUGCAAUGGAUAAUGAUAGAAUAUUAGGAUAUAGAAUACCCCAAGGUACUUUUGUAACAUGUCCUAUUUACGAUCCAUUAAGAAAUCCAGAUUACUUUAAAGAGCCAAACAAAUUCAUUCCAGAGAGAUUCAUUGAGGAACCAACUGAAUCCAGAGUGAUUAGUGAAUUAAGCUUUGGAUAUGGAACUAGAAAGUGUCUGGGAAUACGUCUUGCCAAGGUUAUUUUAAAGACAACGAUCAUCUCAUUAUUCUCACAAAUGUCAGUAGAGUUUCUAAAUGAACAGAAAGAAAUGAAUGACUCUUUAGUACCAAACCCCAAAGUUUUGUUCAAAGUGAAGUUUUAUCCACAAACAAAAGGAAUAAAUCCACAAGAAUAA